GUAGAGACCCUCAGCCAACAGAGAAAGUACCAAAAGCUCCUCAAGAAGUCUCUGAAGAAGAGGGAACAGGAGCAGAUCAAGGCACAGAAGGAGGAUGAGCAACUACGACGGGCGUUUCUGGCGGCAGAGGUGGCUGCUGCGCGAAGGAAGAACGCCAUUGCUCGGGGUGAAGCCAUCCCACUUCGCGAUAAGAGUACAAAGACCAUUGCAUCCGAGGUCAUUCAGAAGCUGAGCCUAAACCGAAGGCUCAGUCUAAAACGUCCCUUGAGUAAAUUAGGUCGACAAGUCAAGAAAGAGAAGUCAAUCCCUCCUACGCUAGAUGACUUCAAAACCAAGGAGGAGAUACAUCAGUACCUCAAUCCUCCGAUUGCGGAGCUUCCUGCCGAACUCCCGCAGUAUACACCCUUUCAAAACUCCACCCGGACUCAGGAUAACGAACCUCUUAGCGUGGCCGAAGAUGCCCCCAAGCUCGAUCCAAAGACCUCUGAGGUAACUGUAAAGGACGAGUCACCUGUAGCAGCUUCAGCGAAGACCUCGCCUAGGUCUAUGAGAUGCGAUUCUUGCCAGAGCCCCAUCCGAUUGAGCCAGGUCUAUUAUCAGUGUGCGAUCUGUGAGAAUGGUGAUCGGAUAGUGUGUUCAUCAUGUGACCAAGCUGGCUGGAGUUGUAGGCACGAAAUUGUUGAAAGAGUAAGAAGCGUUUCAAAGGCACGUGAAGCAGAUACAACUCUGCCGACGACACGACCAUAUCGUGAGGGAAAUCGACACAACGCUCAACAAUAUGCUUCGGGGAUGUGGGGAUUAAGCGUGCCAGAUUCUGUGAUCGAGGAAGCUCGGUUCACAGAGUCUCCUCAAGCAACAAUGUCUGCUGUGAGCCCGUGGGCAUACAAUGACAUUCUUGAGGCAAGAAAUCCGAAGCAUGUUGCUUAUGGCAGAACUCCAGCUGCUCUUAAGCAAAGAGAAGAUGCAGAAAUCCGCCGACGCGAGCAGGAUAUAGCUUCUCGUGAGAAAGACCUCAUCUGGCGGGAAAGAGAGGUAUCACUUAAGGAACAACGUGCCUCGUUACGAGAACGAGAAUCCGCACUUGAAGUCAAGCAACAAGUUUUCGCACUCCAAUUGCAAACUGCACUUCUCAAACAAAUGCAAGAAGCUGCGACAGGUGUAGGUGCUCAGUUUCCAGAUCUGGCAAGUACGGAUCACGUUCGGUCGCAUGCAAACAAACGCAAAGCAGCGGGUGCACAAGCAUCCAUCUCGCCUUCGAACUCAAUAGGCUCGAAUCAAAAACCUUCACCGAAACGAUCGCCAUCUGGCGGACCUCACGAAGAUGAGGAGGAUGAAGCUGGAGCUGGCACACCAAAGAAAGUGAAGCAAGAUCCAGACGCACUUGCUUCACCGGAAAAGCUGUACGCUUGUCCAUACUGCAAAUUUGACAAAUCGAGGUACUCGGAGCUCAACAUGCAAGAGAAACAGUAUCGUGGCUGUUCAAGUGGAUACUGGCCCGAUAUCUCUCGCCUGAAGCAACAUCUGUACCGAGUCCAUUGUCGUAGGCUACACUGUCUACGGUGUUGGAACAAGUUCGAGACCAAGGAGCAGCUGGAGCAUCACAUGCGUGAGCUCAAUGGCUGUUCCCUUGCCGAAUGCCCUUGUCCAGAAAAGUUUGACGAAGUACAGUACAAUGACAUUCGACGCAAGAGACCUGCAAGCAGUCCUGAACAAGUCUGGUAUACCAUCUUUGGAAUCUUAUUCCCAGGGCAACCGCAUCCACUUAGCCCAUAUGCCGACAAUGUCAAGGCACAAACUCCCUCGGUGGCUAGCCCUGGGGCGGCUCCACCACAAGAUGCUAUGGAUGUUCUUGGUGAGGUCUUUGAGUCACGAUUGAAUCGACAUGGGGACGCCCAAGAGCAGGCUUGGCUUCGUCUGCCAGGGGCACGAGAGUUCAUUCGAGAACAGUUGAGAGCAUCGAUGACAGAUGUUCUUCUACGACUUGGUAAUGCAAAUAGCCCGUCAAACGGAAACCCUUCCCUUGACAUCUCACCAAUCUCAGCAAGAGCGCCGGGAUCAACACGACGGAGCUCAAUUUCACUGACACCAAACUCAUCAAUCCCACCCUCGCCAGUGAACGGACCAGGCUCAACGUACAGAUCAGGCUCGGACUCGCAAUUCCUGUUGCCUGCUCAUCGCCAGAGUUUCAGCAGGCCCUUUCCAUCCCGAUCCAUGCAACAGCAUGCACCAGCGGCACCAGCGGUAGCAUCACCGGAGCCCCCUGUUCAACAAGAUUUUGCGCGACCGGGUGUGGUGUUUCCUACUCCAAUAGUCACAGAUGUCGAGAAUGAUCGGUACGACGAUGAGUGCAAUAGUUGGAGCCACGGGGACGAACACGGACUCGCAAUCUCAGCUUUCACUUUCGACUUCAACCCAAGCCUUUCGAUAGCCACUGAAGGAGCGAAUCAAGUGUCCGCUACUGCAGUUGCUCCUUCUGAGAAUUCUUUCGACUUCCAAGGUGCUCAACCAAACAUGGUCUCAAGCAGCAGUCAGCCUCGAGCUCCUAAACCCAUUGCUCAACUGAAACCCAAACACUCUACAACAUCCUCGGUGGACUCUGGAUAUGGAAGCUUCAGUCAUCGUUCAUCCUCCGCCUCGUCUCGGCCACAAUCUGUGUCGAACUCAAAAUCAAGAUCAGCUACACAGCGGCCGGCAAGGGACAAGUUGAAGAGCAAGACACCGCCAACCCCACCAACCCCACAACUACCACCACCUCAACAAAUAAUCCGAGCACCAAGUCCUGUCCACGAAUCUGCCAUCAACUUCGACGCUUUGAAUGUCCCAUUCCAU